CGAUACACUCAGUUAUUCUGAUGAACGCUGACACAUACAAAAAGUGUGGCCCUUUCUCUCUCUCUCUCUUUGUGGACGCACAGUUAUAAAUAUCCAGUGACACUGCCAUUGUGAUGGUGAUUCUAUAACAUUGACUUGACAGCAGCAAACUAUACAUCAUUUGUGAAGUGCCCGUUCUAUCGUGAUGUUUCAUUUGACUUGAUACAUGUCAAUUUUAAGCUAAGAAUAUCGGUAAAAAACAAACAAAUUGAAUAAUUUUUUCGACGACCAUAAAUACGAAUCAAACCGAAAUCAGUUCAGGUAAAAUUCAAAAUGGCGCAAUCAAAAGCAACCACAAUAUCAUCGGAAGAAUUUCAACAAAAGUUCGGUUGGGUGACAUGUCGACGAUGUUUUUGCCCAUCCAGCGGUCGUGUAAUAUUGUUAGCAUUUGUCUGUGGCCAUGUCUUCUGCCAAAAAUGUGUGAAAGUGUCAAAAAACGACCAACAAGUGUUGUUUGGAAUAUGUGGCUCCUGCAAAAAGAUGAUUAAAUGCGCCAGAUUAUCGGAGAGAUUGCCCUUGUCAUUUCUGAAUCGAUUUUUCGGGCCACUGAUCAUCGAAACGCCUUUUAGAUCGGCUAUCUUCCGCUAUUACAACUGGAAUCACAAUAUAAGGACUAUGUUUCGGCGCCUUCAGAAAUUAUAUCGGAUAGAUGGGAAUUUAUAUCAGUCAUAUAAAAGACGACGAGAAUUAUUGGGGAAUUCUAAACGCGAACAACAACACUACUACGAACAAGCUCGGAAUUUCUUCACAACGGAUCAAGUUAAAUGUUUUCUGACGCAUCCAAUCAGAAAAUUGGAAGACAUGCGUUUCAACUACACAGUACCGACUGGACAGUCCAGGCCUGGCUACAGUCCGUAUUACAUUAGUGAAGAUUCAGAGAUUCCAUUGUCUAAACAAGUGCUUAUGAAAAAUAGCCACUCAUCGAGCCGCAGUCGCAGUCGCAGCCGAUCAUAAUAACUGAAAACUACACAUUCCAUAAUUUAUACAUAUUCAAUAAAUCGA